AGCUUGCCCUUAGGCCUCGUAUUUUUAGUUAUCCAAAAUGAAAAUUGACGUCAUAGGUGAAAGUAUGACCUUGUGAAGUCGUCUCGAUCUCGCAUAUCGUCCUCGGGAGGUUACGCUCCUGCCGGGGUUUCUAAUUUCCAGAUAAAAAAAUCGUUGAACCCUUGUCGUGUCCUUAAGUCCUUUGUCCUUUUAUUAAAUUUAAUCGGCCCAAAUUGCUGUUAUGCCAUUCAAAUUUUUUUGAUCCGAUUCCAACUCGGCGUCAAUAAUGUUCGAGUCUUGGGUUUUCGCUUUUUCCCUUCUCGAUACAGGCGCGUUGCUCUUCCUGCUGGCCUAUUUUAUUAUUACAAUAUCCGAUCUCGAAUGCGAUUAUUUAAACGUUUGGCAGUGCUGCGCCAAACUGAAUAUUUGGAUCGUACCUAAGUUAGUGGCACACGGGGUUUUAAUACCUUUGUUUCUACUCUGCGGUCAUUGGGUCCUGGCGUUGAUCAAUUUACCGCCAGUCGCUUGGAUGGCAUACGAGUAUUUGAAGGUCCCGUUAGGAAAUACAGGUGUCUACGACCCGACAGAAAUCCACGGGAAGGGCGAAUUGAACAGACACAUGAGAAAUUGUAUGAUUUAUCUCGGUUGGUAUUUGAUCUCUUUCUUCAUUUAUCUCUACUGCUUGAUAAUAUCAAUUUUGAACGAGGACCCAUUGGAAAGAGCACCAACUAAUGUACCCGAAUUUUAAUUGAUAAAACCGCAAUGGAUUUAUUUACUGAUAUAUGGGGUAUAGUUAUCGGUUGGUUAGAAAGCACAUUUACGACAUGGGCUGGCAUAUCAUUUUCCAGCAUUUUUGGUCAAGUGCCACAGCAUUAUUUGUUUUUAAUUUAUCAUUUCUUACUCCUCGUAAUGAUAGCCAUUGCGACGUCUAUGUUUAUCGCUUUCAUUUGGCAAAACAAGAUGAAAGGCAUGUCGAAAGAUUUGAACAGAUUGAGGCGUGUUCUUCUAGUCACAGCGCAUCCGGAUGACGAGUGUAUGUUUUUUGGACCUACAGUGCUUCAGUUGUUGAAAACCUCGAAUCUAUACCUGGUUUGCCUCAGCUCUGGGGAUUACUACGGAGAAGGCCACGUAAGGAGGGAGGAGCUCUGGGCUAGCUGUGCGAC